AUGAAGCGUUCAGUCUUUCUAGAUAUUUUUUCACUGUUGAUCAUACAGAUCUUUAGUAUUGUGGUAAAUGGUGACAGUUGUGACGCAGAGACAAAUGAGCGCGACCUAGUAGAUUUCAACUUUGCCACCCCUAAUAUUACGGAUCAUCUGGGACCAACAACAAUAUCGUCCCUGAAACUGGUUAGCUUCUUUGACUGCCUAAGGAAUAAUACUAACUUGACUAGCAUUGUAGGCUAUCUUCCAGGUGUUGCAAGCAUAGAUGUACACGUAUCAAUGGAAGAACUGGGACAGUACUAUGAAACCCUAUAUCAGAAAUGUUGUACUAUCAAUGAGUACGGUCUAGGUCAAUUUGACUAUUUAGCCUUUACUCAGGGUCGCCAAGACAUAUUUGAUAGUAUGGAUCUGGCAGACAGCGAUCACCGAGUAGUCCGUAGCAACAUAGUUGGCAAUAUUGGUACUGCCCUAGGCUCUGCUAAUGGCGACUUAAUUAGAGACAACACCAGCGAAAUUACUCAGACCCUACAAAAGAGGUCUACUAACAUGGUGAUAAGUUUCGACACUAGCUCUUGUCAAGACGGGCUGACCUGUAAUGCGUUCAUGGGGGAGUCGGUUAACCGCUGUAUAUCAUACCACAGGUAA